AUGGGGGAAGGACGUUUGAGUGUGAAUGUGGGUGGAGGUGUGGGGAAGGUGAUACGUCGAUUUGAGGUAGAUCUCCAUGCUACUAGCGCUGUGGCGAGUUGGUGCACUGAAGUAGUCGCAAUGUUGCGCAUACAACGGGAGAAGAGCAGCAACGCCAGGCCGAAAUACGACCAUCAAUCACCAAGAGCAGAGCCCGGCCCCCAACUCCUCCGUCUCCCAGAUCAGGUCCUAGAUGAGAUUGCAUCAGAGAUCGAUUUCCACGAGGACCUUACCAACUUCGGUUUGGCCUUAUAUGCUUGCGCCAACAUUGUCAUACCCCGUCAUACCCAAUAUCGAAUCAUCCGUGUCCGCAAUGCCAGCUUCCAACUAUGGGCGCACCUCGCAAGACGAGCCGACAUCGCUCGCAAUAUCCGUGAGGUCCAUAUGUGCGAACAACACAACUACAUGGCGCCUGGUCGUCUGCCCACCACUCUUGUCGAUCCUUAG